AUGUCCGAAUCACCGACCGGUACAUCCCCGGAUCGCGACGGCAUCUAUCCAUCAAAUGGCCGGACGUACGACAAGUAUCAUUUUCAGGAAAAGAAUAUCCACAUGCAAGGCAUUGAGUUGGAUGAUGAAGAAGAAGACGAGGAUAUAGAUCAACUUAUCGAAGACCUAGAGUCACAGGAUGGCGAAAAUGCCGACUACGAAGAGGAGGAAGCGCAACAACCAGGCGGUGCGCGUCUGAUUCCGGAGGAACUCUUGCAGACCGACACACGCACUGGCUUGACGUCGGCUGAAGUACUGAUACGGCGCAAGAAGUUCGGCGAGAACAAGAUGAAAGAGGAGUCAACAAAUAACUGGGUAAAGUUUCUGAUGUUUUUCGUUGGUCCAAUUCAGUUCGUCAUGGAAGCUGCUGCAAUCCUUGCUGCAGGGCUCCAAGACUGGGUUGACUUUGGCGUCAUCUGUGGUUUGCUCCUCCUGAACGCAAGUGUUGGCUUCAUCCAAGAGUAUCAAGCCGGCUCCAUCGUUGAAGAGUUGAAGAAAACACUAGCUUUGAAGGCUACCGUAUUGCGUGACGGCACUUUGGUUGAGAUCGAAGCACCAGACGUGGUGCCCGGCGAUAUCUUGCAAGUGGAGGAGGGUGUAAUUGUUCCAGCUGAUGGGCGCAUCGUUACGGAGAAUGCCUUUGUGCAGGUCGACCAGUCUUCCAUCACUGGAGAAUCACUGGCUGUCGACAAACACCGUGGAGAUACCUGUUACGCGUCUUCUGCGGUGAAACGCGGCGAGGCUUUCGUCGUGAUCACAGCUACAGGCGACUCGACGUUUGUUGGACGUGCGGCAUCACUUGUUGCCAGCGCCUCCAGCGGACCCGGUCACUUCACACAAGUAUUGCACGGCAUUGGGACGAUUCUUCUGGUUCUGGUCAUUGUAUCAUUGCUGGUCGUUUGGAUAAGCUCUUUCUAUCGAUCCAACGACAUCGUCACUAUCCUCCGGUUCACACUCGCGAUCACGAUAGUCGGAGUCCCGGUCGGCCUUCCUGCUGUUGUCACUACAACUAUGGCAGUAGGAGCGGCGUAUCUGGCGAAGAAACAAGCCAUUGUGCAGAAGCUCUCCGCCAUCGAAUCGCUUGCGGGCGUCGAGAUCCUGUGCUCUGACAAAACUGGAACAUUGACAAAGAACAAGCUCUCGCUGGCUGAGCCAUAUACCGUUCAAGGUGUCGAUCCAGAGGACCUUAUGCUUACUGCCUGCUUAGCAGCGUCAAGAAAGAAGAAGGGCAUCGAUGCUAUCGACAAAGCUUUUCUCAAGUCUUUACGCCACUAUCCGCGUGCCAAGUAUGUGCUGAGCAAGUACAAAUGCAUCCGUUUCCAUCCGUUCGAUCCAGUGUCCAAGAAAGUUCAGGCUGUCGUUGAGUCGCCUCAAGGCGAACGCAUAACAUGCGUCAAAGGCGCUCCUCUUUUUGUGCUUCGGACUGUCGAAGAAGAUGGUUCCGUCCCACACGAGGUCGAAUUGGCCUACAAGAACAAGGUUGCAGAGUUCGCUACGCGCGGCUUUCGAUCACUCGGUGUUGCUCGCAAACGGGAAGAUGAACGUUGGGAAAUCUUGGGUAUCAUGCCAUGCUCAGAUCCUCCACGCCAUGACACGUAUCGUACAAUUAACGAGGCGAAGUCUUUGGGCCUUUCAAUCAAGAUGUUGACUGGGGACGCCGUUGGUAUUGCGCGAGAAACUUCACGCCAGCUUGGUCUAGGUACCAACAUAUUCGAUGCUGAAAAACUCGGAUUGAGUGGAGGUGGCGAGAUGCCUGGCUCGGAGUUCUACGACUUCGUCGAAGGUGCAGAUGGUUUUGCAGAAGUGUUCCCACAGCACAAGUACAACGUUGUAGAAAUUCUACAACAGAGAGGAUACCUUGUCGCGAUGACCGGUGAUGGUGUGAACGACGCGCCGUCGUUGAAAAAAGCAGAUACUGGUAUCGCUGUGCAAGGCGCUUCCGACGCUGCUUGCUCCGCUGCCGACAUCGUUUUUCUUGCCCCUGGCCUCUCUGCUAUCAUUGACGCCCUCAAAACGUCACGCCAGAUUUUCCAUCGCAUGUACGCUUACGUUGUCUACCGCAUCGCUCUGUCACUGCACCUCGAGAUAUUCUUAGGUCUUUGGAUCGCUAUCCUCAACGAGAGUCUAAACCUGCAGUUGGUAGUGUUCAUUGCUAUCUUCGCUGAUAUUGCGACCUUGGCUAUCGCUUACGAUAAUGCACCGUACAGCAGAACUCCGGUCAAAUGGAACCUGCCAAAACUUUGGGGAAUGUCAAUCCUCCUUGGCGUCAUUCUGGCUGUAGGCACUUGGAUCACAAUGACAACCAUGCUGCCUUACCUUACUGGCGAGCAGCAGCGUGUCGAAGGUGGCAUUGUUCAGAACCAUGGCCAGCGCGACCCAAUCCUGUUCCUCGAGAUUACAUUGACUGAGAACUGGCUGAUUUUCAUCACCCGCGCCAAUGGCCCGUUCUGGUCAUCGAUUCCUUCAUGGCAACUCGCCGGGGCGAUCCUGGUUGUCGACAUCCUUGCUACGUGUUUUACCAUUUUCGGGUGGUUUGUGGGUGGAAGAACAAACAUUGUUGCCGUGGUCCGUGUCUGGGCCUUUUCCUUCGGUAUCUUUUGUAUUAUGGCAGGAGUGUAUUACAUUUUGCAAGGCAGUCAAGGCUUCGACAACCUCAUGCACGGAAAGCUUCUCAAGAGAAAGCAAAAGCAGAGGAACCUUGAAGACUUUGUUGUUUCGCUGCAAAGGGUGUCAACACAGCACGAGAAGAUUCAGCAUGAGAAGAUGACAUAG